AUGGGUUCCAUGAACUGGUUGGGUUUCUCUCUUUCCCCUCAAGAAGUCGUUCCUGCUGAUCCAUCCAUAUCUGAGGGUGAUCAUCAUCAACAUCAUGACGGCCAUGAGUUAUCUGAUGAUCAGACCGCCACACUAGUCUCUCGCCUUGGCUUCAAGUACUCCGAUGACAUCUCCGGUACCGAUGUCUCCGGAGGCUGCUUUGAUCUCACUUCUCAUGAUGACUCAUCCGCUACUACUACUGCUGCUGCUGUUCCUAAUAAUCAUUCUCACAACCACCUCAUCCCUCCACCUUUUGGCAUGCUUCAUCAAGCUGCUGCAUUCAACACCACCAAUAUUCACUCCCAAGGUGCAGAUUGGAGUAAUAUGAACUCAUCAGAUAGCAGCACCUACAAGACGACUUCAGACCACCUGUCUAUGCUGAUGGGAAGCAACAAUUCGUACAGAAGCCAAAACCUCGAAAAUCAUCAUCAACAGCCAAAGCUUGAAAACUUCCUUGGCCGACACUCCUUCGUUGCGGAUGAGCACCACAUCGGCUGCCAGAGUAGUAGUAGUGGCACGCAUGCAUACAAUAAUAAUAGCACCAGCAGUACAAGUACUAGUAGCUCUAAUAUUGGGCUUUCCAUGAUCAAGACAUGGCUGAGAAAUCAACCAGCACCAGUAAUACCACAUCAUGAUCAUCAGCAGCGCAUCAACAAGAACGAUAUUAAUACCACCGAUACUACAACAACUACUAGUAGUAGUGCAGUACAGACUCUUUCGCUUUCGAUGAGUACUGGAUCUCACACUCAUCAUAAUACUACUAGUACUGCUGCUGCUGCUACUGGAGAAACUUGUUCAUCAGAUCGAGAUAAUACUUGUAAUGAUAAUAACAAGCUGGCAGUUGCUAGGACCAACACCUCAACCGCUCCUCCGCCCGGGAUCGAUAGCCAGACUACGAGUACUACUGCUACUGCUAUUGAGGCCGUGCCCAGAAAGUCCGUUGAUACUUUUGGACAGAGGACUUCUAUAUACCGUGGUGUAACCAGGCACAGAUGGACAGGUAGAUAUGAAGCUCAUCUCUGGGAUAAUAGUUGCCGGAGAGAAGGACAAACCCGCAAGGGAAGGCAAGGUACGUAG